AUGGAAGAUGACGCCAAUGCCGGAGAUGCGUGGGUCUGCCCUAACGACCGCCAAUUAGCCCUGAGAGCCAAAUUACAUUUUGGGUGGUCGUCGGCUAAAUCGAAACGGAUCGAUAGCAACCCAACGACGGCGACCAAUUGCUGGCCGACCCAGCAGCAGCAGUCGACUGGGCGCCCGGCUGGAAGCACUUCAACCAUCGAACCGCUAACUCAAGAGGAACAGCAAAGGGUUUUUCAAGUCAUCCAAAGGGCCGAAGAGGUUAGCGAGAACGAGCAGCUUAGAGUCGGGGUACGCAACAUCCAGAAGAACGCGGUCGGCGGAGACGGGGCCAACCAGUGCGUUCUCUGCGGUGAUUACGCCAGCGUGUUCCUCUCCUGGUCUCUGACGUCAGCCCGCCAUGUCACUUGCAAAGAUUGUCUAAAGGUAAAAAUGAUUAAAUUGUAA